AUGAAGUCCACUACCGCCAUCGUGGCCCUCGCCGCCGCCGUUCACGCUUCACCUCUCACCAAAAGACAGGACAACAAGGUCCCGGAUGUCUGGGAGAACAAAGAUACCCUUUGUAAAGGCUGGGUUCUCAGUACCCCAGAGGAAGCCGACAGACUCUGGAUGGAAUCUAAAGCCGGCGAUGAACUCGAUUUCUUCCUCCGUGGGCAAUGGGAACACCAAAACAACUGGCUCAUCAACCUCGAGGAUCGAAUUUUUGGCGGUACAGAUGGAAAGUCUGGCGCCGCGGGGUGCAGUGUUCUCGACAACGAUUGCAGUCCCAUGAAUAACAUUGAAUGCACUCAACAGUACGAUACCUACGGCAAAGACGACGACAUCCUUAGCAAGAACUCGUACUGGAUAUUCCAGGCCGCCAAGGGCAUGCACUCCAAGCUGAAGGCGCUCAAGGCAAAGAUCACUGAGAAGACCAUCAUCAGCGGUCUCAGGAUCGGUCAGAUGGUGACCGAUUUUGGUGGUAAUGAGGAUGACACUGGUGAUAUGGUCAAGUGGUUGGCUUCUGCUAGUGCAAUUGGCGGUGCUCUCAGUGGACUCUCUGCAAACCCUGGUUUCGCUGUCGGCUUUAACCUUCUUGGCGGAAUCUUCUCCAGCUUUGCUGGCUUGGCCGAUCUCUUCGAGGCAGCCGUUGACCUACUCGACGAAACCAUGCGCGCUGUCAUGGGCGGCGGUACCGAAGGCCAGUACAAGGCACUCAGCACGCCCAACCCCGAUCCUUACAAACUCCCAGUCGCAAACUUCUUCAACGGCGGUUGGUUUCUGCUUAACGAUAACUCCGAGGCUGUACAGCUCGCGCUCAACUCUGUCUACGGCAACAUCCAGCCCAAGGUCGCCAACAACGUCAUGAAGGCUGCGCAGUUUUACCUCGUUGCUGAUAAGCGACGCAUAAGCCGAGAGGACUGCGGCUAUGCUACUGGUCGGCAGUGGAUGGCUCUUCGGGGGGAUGAAGAGUACUGCUUCUACAUCAUGGGUCAUGAUCCUAAACCCAACCGUGUUGGAGAUUGGGCUGAGGUUUCUGGUGAGGUUUAUGACAAGAUGGUUAGUUAUGGAGUUGGGAACAGAGAGGUUUACUAUCGCGCUAUUUUGGACUGUGCUCUUAGUCCUAAUGACAAUGUUGACUUGGGUAGUUUGGUUGGAGGCACGAUCCCUACUUGCUACUUUAAUCUUCCUGCUGUCUAUGUUGACAGGGAUCAAGAGGUUGGGUGCGGUGAUCCUUUCAGUACUGUUGAGUGCGACUACAUCAGUGCCACCGACAUCAAGUAG